GAGUUCCUGCCCUCAUAUAUGGGAAGUAGCGGCUUCUCUCCUUUUCAGUUGAUAACGUCAACGCUAAGCAUAAAUUUUAAUGGUGAACCGACGAAUAGCCCGAGGUUCUCGCAAUAAGCAGAAGAAAAAGAUUAAGUCGAGCAAAAAAGCACAUAUUUCUGAAAAUCCUUCACAACAUGGUGAAAGGCCUAAGGGGCUGGACCGCGUAGCUCACCUUGGAGACGACCGCUCCACCGGCAGGGUCCACCUGAUUGCGUCAGGGCGGAGGCCACUUCGGCUGAAGAAGUCGCGUUCCGCAGCCUCUUCUGGAGCUCUAUCAAAGCUGAAGGGUAAGAAGAGUUUAGUAUUAAAGAAGCAGGCCGCGGAGCGCAUGGUGCUGAAGGAGCACCUUCGGGAACUCGAGGCCCGCCGUGCAGCCACACGUCGUGGCGAAAAUGCGAAGAUAGAACGCCGUGAGCUUGGAAAGUAUAUCCGCGCGCUAAAGACGGAGCAGCGUGUGAAGCAUAUAUCGGAGCUGCAAAAUGUUGAAGCGGAGUUAAUGCGUUUUAUUGAGUCCAGGAAGCAAAAGCAGAAGGAUUGUCUUGAAGAAGAGGAUAACAAUGGGAAUCCCUCCCACUCUCAAGACUGGGAAGACCUUGACGACGGUGAGGCAAGCAUUGAUAGCAUGGGCGAAAAGGAACUGCAGGAGCUGUUUUCACAUCUCACCACAUAAGUGAUUACCCCCACCCACCCACCCAAAAAAGUAAGUAAGAAUGAACAUAUUAAAGCACCCCAAACCCAAGAAAUAAA